ACGUCUGAAGCAGCAGCAGCGCUCCCGAGAGAAUCCCCGCUCCGCGGCAGCAAUAACCACCACCACAUCAAUUGGGACGCCGCCCGAUCAUCCCACCAAGAUGCGCGCGACUUUCCGCCUCCUGGCCGCCGUUCGGCCGGCCGCGCGGUACCUCGAACCGGGCAACCCGACGGGCCUAACGGGCCUCACCACGCACGCCUCCCCGCGCUCGACCCUCCUCUACCUCUACACUUCGACCCUCGACAAGCUCAAGGCCGUGCCCGACCACUCGGUCUACCGCCAGUCCGUCGAGGCCGUCACCAAACACCGCAUGGCCCUCGUCGAGGGCGUCGUGCCCCCCGGAUACGAGGAGUGGGCCGAGAGGGCGCAGAAGCUGGUCAGCGAGCACCCCGACCAGUUCGCCGUCUCGAGGAAGGACGGCGUGAGCGGCGAGAAGGCCAUCAAGCUCGAGCGCGGCGGCCAGGCUUUUGUCGUGCACCAGAUCCCCCAGAAGCAGGAUAUGCGGUACGAGGAGUGGGACGGCGAGCAGGAUGAGGGCCCGGAGCUCGAGGGCAGCAGGACGGCCGAGGAGAGGGAGGAUUUGAGGCAUAUCUUCGAGAGGAGGGAUAUUGCGGAUGUUGAGGGGGAGGUCGAGUGGGAGCCGGAGCCGCAAUUUACGGCCGACCAAGUCUCGGAGCUCGAGACUAAGAUCGGCGCUGGCUUGAUCGAGGAGGUCAUUCAGGUCGCUGAGGGCGAGCUCAAAUUGGUGGACACCAUGGUCGAGUCCAAGGUCUGGGAACCUCUCGAGGAGCAACCGGCCGAGGGCCAAUGGGUCUACUUUGAGCGCAAGGCGUAGGGCGUACCACCACAUCAGAAAUGUAUAUGAAUAGACCCAGCGCAGAUAUGUCAUCCUAGCAAGUGGUUUCUCGUUCUAAAAUAUGGCACUCAAGUUGGGGCCGAUUAAGUCCUAAGUGGAAGAGGGAGAUGUCAAGAAGGAAAUACCUUGUUUAGCAGAAAGAUGUAAAUGCAAGCGAUUUUGAAUUUG